GAAGAGAUAUUUGGAGCGACAGAAACGGCCAAAUAGGUGCUGGUGGCAUGUGGCUGAGGGAUUACCUAAUCUGAAGAUAUGUUCACCAGUCCCAAUGUGGCGCAAUUUUACGAUAAGAACUAUCAAGGUUUUUCCAGCAUCUUCAAUCCAAACCGUUCAGGAGAAUCGUUUAUCGUUUCAUCGUUAUUGCUAAAUAGAGUGAGCGUUGUGGAGGGUUGUUUAGAGGAGCCAGAUUAUUAGAGACUUGGGUAGCAACGGAUAGCAAGCUUUUAAGUAAAAGCUGCAGAAUAACAGUCUCUGCUUGAAUUUUCAAAGCCAGGAGAAAAGGCACCACAGUGGAGAGAUUCAUAGUAGUUUUCAUGACAGACAACUACCACUAUAGCCAUGUCAUUCUUUAACGCUUUUGUCGGUACUUCUCGAUCUGGCGACGCUUGGUUCCUGGCUGGCCCUACAUCUUCCUUUCCGAAUAUCACGGCUUCCGGAGAUACUGUCCUAUCCGAUCGCUUACCAUGCAAAGGUUCUUUCGCACCUGGCUGCAAGGUUUUCCAUGUGCCUGUUACCAAUAGUGCUCAAGCAGUUGAAGUCGAGCUUGAUGAUGCUGUGGCGGCCGGACUCAAGGAGCAAGUCAUAGUGUUUCAAUACCAAGGCAAAUUUCAUGCCAUUGACCACAGCUGUCCGCAUUCCUCUUUCCCACUUUCACGAGGCACGCCGUUUGACAUUGAGGAUUUCGGCAUACGGUUGAGCGUAGGGAUACAAUGUCCAAAACACGACUGGUCUUUUGAUCUGAUCCACGGAAAAGGCGACCGAGGAAGUUAUAAGUUAAAAGUCUGGGAAGUGCAAUUGCGGCCAAUUCCUGGAGCGGAGAAUGAAGAGAGGGAGGUUUGGGUUAGAAGGAAGCAAAGGAUAGGAUAAGCGACAUUCAAACCCGAACCCGAGGUGUAGAUGGAAAUCAAUUCGCAGAGGGGGAAGUAGAGAGUUGACUUCGACGGAGGAUGAGACUGGUUUUGUUUUGAGGGGCAUGCUAGAAUUUUAGCCAUGCUGGCCAUGGACGCAAAACCUGUCAGUAUCAGGGCUCAUGAUCCCCCCUUGAUUAUCUAAUCUGACCAUCUGUUGUAUACAAUUUACACCAAUAUACGCAGGUGUAAAGUAAAAGUUUAAUAAAGCAUUGGAUCCAUCUUUCAGGACGCCUGAACGAAUCAAGUUUUGCCCACACCACGUUCACAACAAGUCAAGUGGGGUCACGCGGCAAUGCGGGGUUUGCUGGAGAUCGCCGAAGCGGUAAAACGCGCCGGAAGAAUUAUGA